CCGCGUAAACAAACCCUGCAGACGGUUUCAUUCUUCCUCUGGAGACCGAAGAUCGCGCUUCGUGCAGGGCAUCACCAAGAGACAACACAAGAUCAAAGAGAAUCAGAACAGAGAAGUGACUGCUGGGACAGGGGUUUUUCGGGUGUGGGUGUGCAUGUGACUGAGAGGAGACGGGGCUUGGCUGUUUUUGGGUGCGGGACCAUUGCGUCGCACACUGAUGAUGGAGGAGAGGAGGAUGGUCACCACGCUGCUCCUGCUCGUCCUGGGGCAGAUAACCACUGCACUGGAAGUCCCACUAGACCUGUCGCAACCACCGACCAUAACUCACCAGUCCCCUAAGGAUUACAUCAUCGACCCGAGAGAGAACAUUAUAAUCCACUGUGAGGCCAAAGGAAAACCGCAUCCCAGCUUCUCCUGGACCAGAGAUGGGACCCACUUUGACAUUGAUCAGUUUCCAAACGUGAACAUGAGGCCACGCUCCGGGACACUGGUGGUGGACAUCAGUCAUGAGAAGGCAGAGCAUUAUGAGGGCACCUACCAAUGUACAGCACGCAACGACCACGGGACCGCUAUAUCCCACAACAUAGUAGUACGACAGUCCAGAUCACCCUUGUGGUCAAAGGAGAAAAUUAAACCAAUCGUGGUUCAGGAAGGCGUGCCUUUGGUGUUGCCGUGCCGACCCCCAGCUGGUUUACCUCCACCCAUUAUUUUCUGGAUGGAUAACAACUUCCAGCGGCUGCCCCAGAGCCGGAGGGUGUCCCAGUCUCUGAACGGAGACCUGUACUUCUCCAACGUGCUUCGUACUGACUCCAGGAACGACUACAUCUGCUACGCCCGUUUCCCCCACACCCAGACCAUCCAGCAGAAACAGCCCAUCACCGUCAAAGUCCUCAACCUGGAUGCAAUCAAUGACACAGUGGCAGCUUUUUACAAUGACACUGAUUUAUUUAGUGAGGAGCCAGCAGAUAAGCGACGGCCAACCUUCCUCACCCCAUCUGGUCCGUCCAGCUCUAAGAUGGUGCUGAGGGGCCAGGUGCUGGAGAUGGAGUGCAUCGCUGAAGGCUUGCCAACCCCUGAAAUCUCCUGGACCAAAGUGAGUGGAGAGCUGCCAGGAGAGCGCACAUCCUUCCUGCACUACCAGAAAACGCUGCGUAUCGUGAAUGUGUCCGAAGCAGACGCCGGGGAAUACCGCUGUGAAGCCAGGAACCCACUCGGCUCAGUGCACCAUACCAUCCAUGUAACAGUCAAAGCUGCUCCAUACUGGAUCAGCGGAGCUCCCAAGAACCUUAUCCUGGCCCCAGGGGAGAAUGGGGCUCUGACCUGCCGGGCCAGUGGCACCCCCAAACCCUCCAUCAGCUGGGCUAUGAAUGGGGUCCCCAUAGAGAACUCACCGAGCGAUAUGAGUAGAAAAGUGGACGAUGACACUAUCAUUUUCACCAAUGUCCAGACAGGCUCAAAAGCUGUGUAUCAGUGCAAUGUUUCAAAUGAAUACGGCUACCUCCUUUCCAAUGCCUUCGUCAAUGUGCUCUCGGAGCCGCCCAGAGUGCUGACGCCAGCCCACCAAGUUUACCAAGUCAUCAGAAACCACCAUGCCCUGUUAGACUGCAGUUCUUUUGGCUCGCCCAUCCCUGAAAUUACAUGGUUCAAAGAUAGUCGAGCCAGCACCCUCAAUUCAGACCCUUAUAAAGUAUACGACAAUGGCACUUUGGAAAUACAAGGAGUUCAGACAAAACAUAGUGGCAAAUACACCUGUGUGGCUACAAACAUGCUUGGGAUCUCAGAAAAUCACGUCUAUCUGGAGGUUAAAGAACCGACGCGAAUCCUCAAACAGCCUGAGUACAGAGUGGUGCAGAGGGGCAGAGCAGCAGUGUUUGCGUGUAAAGUCAAACACGACCCGACCCUCACCCCAACCAUGACGUGGCUCAAAGACGAUGAUGAGCUUCCUGAUGAUGACAGGCUGAUUGUGGACUCAGAUAGUCUGACCAUCACUGACGUAAACGACAAUGACGCUGGAGUCUACACCUGCAUCAUGAACACCAGUCUGGACCACGACUCAGCCAGUGCUGUAAUGUCUCUUUCAGAGUCCCCUGACCCUCCAACUGACCUCGAACUGACUGACCCAAAAAAGAGGAGUGUCCAUCUUACGUGGACACCUGGAAAUGAAAACAACAGCCCUAUUGAGAAGUUCAUUAUCCAGUACGAGGACUCCCUGCACCACAAAGGCCACUGGCACAAUCUGACCGAGGUCUCUGGGAUGAAGACCACAGCUCACCUGAAGCUCUCUCCACAUGGUCACUACAUCUUCAGAGUCUUGGCCCUGAAUGGAGUGGGACUGAGUCAGCCCAGCCUCCCGUCACGCAUGUACAAGACUGAACCUGCAGCUCCAGAUGAAAAUCCAACUGAUGUUCAUGGACAAGGCACUGAACAUGACAAUCUGGUGAUAUCAUGGAAGCCACUCACACCCACCCAGGCGAAUGGUCCUGGGCUGAAAUAUAGGGUCAGUUGGAGGCAAAAGGGAGUGCACAAUGACUGGGUGACUGCAACUGUUCACAAUGCCUCCAAGUUUGUGGUCUCUGGAACGCCUACAUUCGUCCCUUACGAGCUGAAAGUCCAGGCUGUGAAUGACCAUGGCGCAGGACCGCAGCCCGCCAUUUCCCACGGAUACUCAGGAGAAGACUUGCCUUUAGCUGCUCCAGACAACGUUCAGGUCCAGGUGAUCAGCAGCACUCAGGCAGCAGUGCACUGGGAGGCCGUGCCUACGAGACUACUGCGUGGACAUCUCAAGGGCUACAGGGUGUACUACUGGAGAGAGCAGAGUCUCCACAAACACAGCCAUCACCACACAGAGAAACAGGUCCUGACGUUCAGCGGGAAUCAUACUCACGGCAAACUGCCUGGCCUGCACCCCUUCAGCCAGUAUGCCCUUCACAUUCGAGCGUUCAACGGCAAAGGGGAGGGUCCACCCAGCUCCAUCCAGAUGUUUGAGACCCCUGAAGGAGUUCCGGAUGCACCCUCUUCUCUUGCCGUCACUGAUUCAAACGUUGACUCUCUGACUCUUGAGUGGAGUCCUCCUCACGGCCACAAUGGACACAUCAUUGGCUACACUCUCAAGUAUCAACCUGUCAAUAACACCCAUGAGCUGGGCCCGCUGGAGGAGCUGGCCUUACCUCCCAAUGAGACCUCCGUCACUUUGCUCAACCUCAAGUACAGCACGCGUUACAAGUUUUAUUUGAACGCAAAAACAAUGGUGGGAGCAGGCCCUGCCAUCUCUCAGGAAGCAGUCACCAUCAUGGAUAAAGCGGUUGCUAGUCGACAGGUGGAUAUUGCCACUCAGGGCUGGUUCAUUGGUCUCAUGUGCGCCAUCGCCCUCCUCAUCCUCAUCCUGCUCAUUAUCUGCUUCAUCCAGAGGAAUAAAGGAGGCAAAUACCCCGUUAAAGAAAAGGAGGAUGCACACACUGACCCAGAGUUCCAGCCCAUGAAAGAAGAGGACUGUACUUUUGGUGAAUACAGUGACAAUGAGGACCAUAAACCGCUAAAGGGGAGCCGCUCGCCUUCUAACGGGACAGUUAAGAGAGAAGACAGUGAUGACAGUUUAGUAGACUACGGGGAAGGAGGAGAUGGACAGUUCAACGAGGACGGCUCCUUUAUCGGCCAGUAUAGUGGAAAGAGUGGCAGCAGGGACAAUCCCGACGGCCCAGAGAGCUCAGAGGCACCCUCCCCUGUUAAGGCCAUGAACUCAUUGAACUCUUUUGUGUAGAUGACUAUGCUCUACAAACACGUUUCUAGUGGACUCUGCACUGACUGGACAAGUUCACUGUCUCACAGCUGUCUAUUUUUGCAUGCAUGCCAUCAGUGCCGCACUUAAAAACACAUUUGUUUUGGCUUAUAACA